UCAGUGACUCGACCAGAUGCGUGAGACUUUGCACGUAAGAAAAAGGCAGGAAACAGAUCUACAGUAACUGUUUGUCGUGUCUCGACGUUUUGUGGUUUAUAGAAAGGGUCAUACAAAAAGAUAGAUUCGCGCUUCGUGAGUGGUGACCUACUUCUGAAGUCACAACAGGAGCCCUAGGGCCAUUUCCAGUCCUGCAAUCACAGUAAUUACUACGUCCCGCGAACCAAGACGAGGGCCUGGACCAAGAGACGUCAGCAGGGAAAAACACACCGAGGCUUUACAAACUUUGCCAGGAGGCUCUGUUCAACUUGAUCGAUUUGUCCGCUUGGGCUCUUGUAGCCCCCAUUCCUUCAAUACACGGACUCUUGUGUCAAGGUUUCCUGCAAAUCGUAUUUAUUGCUGUGUUAGUGGGUGUAACUAGAUCACCAGCCAUGUUACAUGUACCAGCAAGGAUUGUGCUUAUGUACAUCUUCAUUUCUGUGCCGUGUUUGGACACCAGCGGUGUUGACAAAGCCAUGCGUAUGGACGCUGUGUUUCCUCCAGUCAUCCAGCCUAGUGACUCUGGCCUCCCAGUCGGCCACCUGUUACCACUGGGCCACCAGAGAGAACCAGAAGGGCCCGUCAAGGAGUAUACACAGCCACUGACUCCGACAGAGCUAUGGGAACAGCAUGCAAAAAGUCCCUACGUGCCUCUUGUGUACAGACAAGCAAUUGCCAAGGCCCCUGCUGUCACCAACUGGCAGAGUGAUAAGUACAUCAGGGAGAAGUAUGGAGACUUGGAUGUCCUGGUUGAGAAGAAACACGAAGAUCGAGGGGCUCGUCCACAAAGAAUGCCCCUGGGCGAGUUCUUAGACAACUACGAAGCCGAAGACUGGUACGUGGUGUCCUUGUUGCCCGACCCCAUGAGGGCUGAAAUGCAGGUGCCUCGCUCGCUGCUCUGUGGGACUUUCAAGAAAAACAUUUUGGAGUCGAACCUGUGGCUGUCCGCCGGUGGAACCAAGUCCCUGCUCCACUACGACGCCGACCACAACCUACACUGUCUGAUCUCCGGGCGGAAAGACUUCAUCAUGAUCGAUGACAAGUAUGACGACCUACUUGACAUGGCCGACAAGAAGCAGUUCUCCGGAUCGAGCUUCUCCCAUCUAGACAUGGACAGAAUCGACCUCCUGACAAACCCACAGGUGUCUGAAGUCCCCUGGACCUGGGCAACCCUCCUGCCCGGGGAUUGUAUCUUCAUCCCCGCAGGGUACUUCCACCAGGUCAGGUCGUACGGGCGCAGCGUGGCCGCCACCAUCAUGUGGUCCCCGCUCGACUACUUCGAUGACUCGGACUGCGCCACAACCGACAUUGACAGAUACACGGCGCUGAGUGACGUCAGGCUCCAGUGGACGUACAAGAAGGGAGACAAGUUCAUUGACAUGGGGUACAUGAACGUGGAGGUUAUGAGAAAUGGACUGCUGGAAGCGAUGAAACGUAACAACAGUACAAAGCUCACAAAGGAAAUAUUCGGUUACUACUACGAGUUCGCCGUUGUCGACGAAGAGGAAGACAAGGAACUAGAAGAAGAACACUUGGAGAUGAUCGACAGGAUGUUUGGCAUUUUGGAUAAGAACAAGACUGGAUACAUCACCCGCCAGGGUCUCCAGAGCCUUGACAUUGAAGUCCUCAAAGACGCGGCACGUCUUCUUGACGAAACACAUGGGCCUGUCAGAGAGAAUGAUGAAGACCAGACACAUGACGAGCUGUGACACAUUUACUAGUGUCUCCAGGAUGCUCAGUUUAGCUCCUUUGAGACUAUAAACCAAGACGCUGCUCUGCUGCUCGUAGCUCAAUCACGGUCUUCAUUGCAAAUAUUGAUAUUUCACAUGAGAAUAUAUAUUUGGUGAUUGGUUGAAAAAUACUUGGUACACUACAAUAAUAUAUUAUAUAUGCUUCUUUCUGUGGUGUAUUAGCAUUUCAGAUGUUUGAUUUUGUAAGGAGGAUAACUGCACAAAAGAAUGACAAAAAUUUCCACCGUAUUCUCUCGGCUUUGCUUCGCGAACGAAGAUCGUCUAGUGAUGUUUCCCACGUAUUAGGUUACUUAGAGUUGUGCAAAAAUGUAAAUUAUGCAAAUUUGUACUUAAUUCACACAAGAGUUUUUCAUUACAAUAUCUGGAUAUAGAUGUAUGUAGCAUACGUACGGCAUGUCAGGUGGAACAUGAAUAUAUACCAAUUAUGCAAAUAUUCACCCAAUUGGCAUAAUUAACUCGCCUGGUGGUAAAUGAUAGUAAUUAAAUACUUGUGUCAUGGGUAAGUUGGUUUAGGUUGUAUGCUAGCAUCCAGGUAUAGAUGAUAUAAAUGUUGAAUUAAUUUGUAUGAUUUAUUCCAUGGAGGUAUGACACCUCCAAUUUCUUGUCCAUUAUGUUUUCCAUAUCUGUGUUUUCCAUAUCCGUGUUUUCAAAUUUAUCAUUAAAAAUGGUCGAUUGGGA